UGGUGUGGGUUUAUUAGUAAUCGCUGCUGUUUACUGUUGUGUAUGAACACCCGCGUCAAUUGAUUCGAAUUGAACAAAUUCGGCAUUGCGUUAUAAUAAACAUUUAUUUGUUGUGUGUUGUGACACCACGGCCGUGAUCGUACUAGAAAUCGAAAUCGUCGUUUGGUUUUCAUUUACUAUCGUCGUAUUUAUUCUGUCGCACUAUGUCUGACCGACUUAAUCAAGUUGAUUUAUCGCACGUAGAAUUCGAUACCAGUGAUGGUGUUGAGGUAGUGCCUACGUUUAACCUCAUGAACCUCCGGGAAGACCUCAUUCGUGGCAUAUUCGCGUACGGCUUUGAACGGCCUUCAGCCAUCCAACAGCGUGCCAUAAUGCCGAUGGUCAAAGGACGCGACGUUAUAGCUCAAGCCCAGUCGGGUACUGGCAAGACGGCUACAAUUUCAAUCGCUAUGUUACAACGUAUUGACAUGGCGCUCAGAGACACUCAAGUGUUAUGUCUUUCGCCAACUCGAGAACUAGCCGUACAAAUUCAAAAGGUAGUUUUAGCAUUAGGAGAUUAUUUAAAUGUUCAGUGUCAUGCUUGUGUUGGUGGUACUAACCUUGGCGAAGACUUAAGAAAAUUGGAUUUUGGUCAGCAUAUUGUUUCUGGAACUCCUGGACGUGUGUUUGAUAUGAUAAGACGUAAAAUAUUGCGUACACGUAAUAUAAAAACUUUAGUGUUAGAUGAAGCAGACGAAAUGUUGAGCCAAGGAUUCAAGAAACAAAUAUAUAACAUAUAUCGUUUCUUGCCACCUGCUACUCAGGUUAUCUUAAUAUCUGCUACAUUGCCACAUGAAAUAUUAGAAAUGACCAAUAAGUUCAUGACCAAUCCUUUUAGGAUAAUAGUUAAACGUGAUGAACUGACUCUUGAAGAUAUAAAACAGUUCUUUGUCGCAGUUGAACGAGAAGAAUGGAAAUUUGACACAUUGUGUGAUCUUUAUGAUACUCUAACAAUAACUAAAGCCGUCAUUUUUUGUAGCACAAGAAGGAAGGUAGACUGGCUCACUGAAAAGAUGAGGGAAUCUAAUUUCACAGUCAGUUCAAUGCAUGGAGACAUGCCACAAAAAGAGAGAGACAUAAUAAUGAAGGAAUUUCAUGGUGGACAAACAAGAGUCUUAAUUACUACAGACAUUUUGGCUCGUGGUAUUGAUGUUCAACAAGUUUCAUUGGUCAUAAAUUAUGAUUUACCUAUCAAUCGUGAACUGUAUAUACACAGAAUUGGUCGUUCUGGAAGAUUUGGUCGCAAAGGUGUGGCAAUUAAUUUUGUAAAAAUCGAUGAUGUUAGAAUUUUACGUGAUAUUGAACAGUAUUAUUCGACACAAAUCGAUGAAAUGCCUAUGAAUGUUGCUGAUUUGAUUUGAUUGCCCAGAAUCCAGGCUAUUUAAUUUUAAUUAUUAUCCUCGCCUAUACACAGGAUGGCACAUUUUUCUAAUGCUACUAAAAUUUAGCAUUCAAUAAUGACAAGUAUAAUUUGUAUAAUAUGGAAAUUAAAAUAAUGUACGUGCGUACAUUAGACAUACUAAUUUUAAAAUUAUA